GACAUUUUACCAAACUCAAUCAAUCGACCUUUAAAUUGUAUUGUCAAAUUCAAAAAUAUGAGAGGAAAAAGAGCGAAGCAAUAUAAAAAGCUCAUGCAGCAAUAUGGCAUGAGCUUUGGUUUCCGUGAAGCAUAUCAAGUACUCCUUGACGCAGACAUCAUUAAGGAUGCCGAUAGAUUUAAGAUGGACUUGGUUGGUGGUUUAGAGCGAACACUUCAUGGUCAAGUUAAGCCUAUGAUUACACAAUGCUCAAUGCGCCAUUUGUAUGCUGCUUCAUCAGAACCCGGAGUUUCCUAUCUCAUCGACAAAGCGAAAACCUACGAGCGACGCCGUUGCGGUCAUCUCCCAGAAGAUUAUCCCGAGCCUCUCUCUGCCCGUGAUUGCAUCAAAGCAGUCGUUGACGGCAAAAACAAUGGAACCAACAAACACAGAUACGUGGUAGCAAGCCAAGAUAUAGAAGUUAGAAAGGCAAUGAGGGCAAUUCAGGGCGUACCUUUGGUUUACAUUAACAGGAGUGUUAUGAUUAUGGAACCUAUGGCAGAAACAUCUACAGAGACAAGAGAUAGAGAAGAAAGGUCGAAAUUCAGACAAGGCAUUAAGUCAGGAAGAGCUUCAGGAAGCCUCAAGAGAAAGAGAACCGAAGGCGAUGAGGACGAUGACGAAGAAUCAGCAAAGAAAGAUAUGGGUGUACCAGAAGGCGCUGCGAGAAAGAAGAAAAAUGCACCAGGACCAAAAGGACCCAAUCCAUUAGCCAUGAAGAAGAAGAAGAAGGUUGAGGGAGGAAACACGAAGCCGAAUGCGUCUACCAAAGUGGCUGACGCGAAUGAUACGGGAGCGGAUGGUUCAGAACCUGUCAAACGUAAACGAAAACGUCUACACUCGAAGAAAAAGGCAGAGGAUGGAGCUGAUGGGGAGACAGCAAUUCCAAGUGAGAAAAUGGAUGAAACAGCUUAACAUACACAGGAAUAUCGAGCAGAAAGUCAUAUAUAAAUUAAUUACAACUUUAGAAUGAUACCCAAAGAAUUGGAACUGAGCUGUAUGAUUAUGGUUGUUAAAGUUGCAGAGAUAAAGACAUCGGGCAGCAUGAUGUUGCGAUUCCAAUUCGUCAUGUAGGUAGGUAGCAUUAGACCGACCCCCUGGAUUACAGAACAAAGAGAAUGGCCCCCAAAUUACAUAUCAAAUAAAGGUAAAGGCCAAAUCUAUUUAAAGCAUUACAAUAUAAUGAUUCUCA